AUGGCUGCCAUAGACCAAAAGACAGAAGAGUUGCUUCGGCGGCCAAUCUACGGUAUUCUCUACGAUAUUGCGCCGGAGGUCCUUAAUUCUAUUACCUUGAAGAAUACCUCGGACACAUCACUAACCCACGAGGAUGAGGACGAAUCCCAAAGCCGGAGAAGUGUAUCGCCCUCAUCGUCUAGCGAUUCUCUCGUGGGGUCGCAGUCGUGCUCUCUUUGCGCUCUCUCAUUCUCAUCACUAGAAGAGCAGAGGAGCCACCUAAAAUCCGAUUUCCACAACUAUAAUCUCAAACAGAAGCUUCGCGGGAGGAAACCCGUCUCGGAGGAUGAGUUCGAGAGGUUAAUAGCGGACCUUGAUGAGAGCUUGUCUGGGUCGGAUUCGUCUGAGAGUGACGAGGAAGAUGAGAGUGAUAGUAAAGACUCGAUGCUUUCCGCGCUCCUGAGAAAGCAAGCUACACUCGCCGAGAAAAAUCGGCCAAAGAAUGGUGACGGAUCCAACGAUGAAGAAGAGUUUGGGAAAAAGACCCGGGGAGUUGCUCCCUUGUUGUGGUUUAGCUCCCCUCUAUUACCGAAGAACAACUACUUCGGUCUCUACAGAGCUCUCUUCACCAACGAGGAGCUGAAAGACGAAUCGGCCGUCGUCGAGAUCAUCAAGAAGAAACAGUUAGAGCCGCUAUCGAUCCCAAAGGCGGCAAAGGAUGGAACCCUACCUCAGGUUGCCUACAAGGGCCCGCACAUCUUCCUCUGCAUGAUAGGAGGCGGCCAUUUCGCCGCCAUGGUGGUCUCUCUUGCUCCGAGGAAAGGAGCCAGCGGCGGUCCUCUGAACCGCGAGGCGACAGUCCUUGCCCACAAGACAUUCCAUAGGUAUACUACGAGACGGAAACAGGGAGGCUCGCAGUCUGCCAACGACAACGCCAAGGGCACGGCGCACUCGGCUGGUUCCUCGCUUCGGCGUGCGAACGAGAAGAAGUUGACCGAGGAGGUGCGCGCCUUACUCCAGGACUGGAAGGGGUUGUUGGACACGUCAGAUUUCUUGUUCAUCCGAGCCACUGGUGUCACGAAUAGGAGGACCCUCUUCGGCCCUUACGAGGGACAGGUGCUCAAGGCGAACGAUCCGAGGAUUCGAGGAUUCCCCUUCACUACGAGGCGGGCGACGCAAAAGGAGCUGAUGCGGUCGUUCGUGGAACUUACGAGAUUCAAGGUGAAGGAGAUCAUUCCCGUAGAGGAGACGGCGAAAUCACAGCAGGCGACGCAGGAGAAGGCCGCUGCUCCCAAACCAUCCAAGCCAGCUCUUUCCGAAGAGGAAGAAACGGCCCUCUUACACACGUCUCAACUGCAGGCGAUGAUUAGGAGAUCAAAGCUGCCUGCGCUCCUCGGGUAUCUCAAGACCAACAAGCUCAGCCCCGAUUUCGUCUUCCAGCCUCCGGAGCAGAAUCAUCAUGCCCCUACCCCGCUUCACCUCUCGGCCUCGCAAAAUGCCGCCGUUCUCGUGACGGGACUCCUGUGCAAGGCCGGUGCGGACCCGACAUCGAAGAACAAAGAGGGCAAGACGGCGUUCGAACUCGCGGGGGAUCGAGCCACGCGCGACGCGUUCCGGGUGGCGAGAUCGGAGCUCGGAGAGAAGAAGUGGGAUUGGGAGGCGGCGAAGGUCCCCGCGGCGCUGACGAAGGCGGAGGCGGAGAAGAGGGGUGAGAGGGAAAGGGAAGAGAGCGAGAGGCGGGAGAGCGAAAGGAGGAAGGCAGAGGAGGAGAGGUUACGGACGCAAGAUGGAGCCGACGAUAGGAGUAAGAAAAAGAAGGGUGUGUUGGCUUCUGCGGGGGCGAUGAAGACGCCUCAGGAGAGGAGGGAGGAGGAGGCGAGGGGGUUGUCGCCUGAGAUGAGGAUGAGGUUGGAGAGGGAGAGGAGGGCGAGGGCGGCGGAGGAGAGGCUUAGGAGAUUGCAGGGGAAGUAA